UCUCUAUAUACAUAUAUGACGUUAAUUCCAAAGUGUAAAGUGUAAACAAAGAGAUUAGAAGACUAGAGAGAAGAUGGGCAUGGCAACGAAGUCAGUUUCUACCUUCGCCGUUUUUUUCAUCUUCUUUUUGGUUGUCUUUGAAGUGCCAGAGAUAUACGCGCAAGAUAGCAAGUGUCUGAAAGAAUACGGCGGUAACGUGGGUUUCAGCUAUUGCGCACCUUUGAUAUUUCCAUCCUUCUGUUAUCGAAACUGUCGUAAGAACAAGGCCGCGAAGGGAGGAAGAUGUCGUUCAGGGGGUCCAGGAGCUGGUGGUAUGAAAUGUUUAUGCGACUACUGCAGCGACAAACCUUAAACCAGAUCGUUAUAGUACACGCUUUGGCCGCAAACGCAAAAGCAGCUACUCUAUAUUUUAAUCUUGCAUGUCCACUGCGUGUCCACUAUGUGUCAUGAUUUGUGUAAUACUAAAAGUUAAUGGUUGGUUGUCCACUGAGUAACAAUAUAUAGUAAUGGAUAAGUGAAAUGUAAAAUAAAUAAUCGUACGACUUUGUUUAAGUAAUUAUAAUAUGGCUAGAUGAUAAGUGCGGCUCGGCCUCCGGCUCCGUAAUUCUGAUUUGCCAAGACUCAUAAGUGGAUAAUUUUGGUUUCA